AUGGACCCGAAAAAUGGAAGUUCUGUCACUGGCUUUAUCCUGCUGGGUUUCUCUGACCGGCCUCAGCUGGAGCGAGUCCUCUUUGUGGUUCUUCUCAUCUUCUAUCUUCUCACCCUGCUGGGAAACACAAGCAUCAUUGCAUUGUCCCGCCUGGACCCACACCUGCAGACUCCCAUGUACUUUUUCCUGUCCAACCUAAGCUUUCUGGACCUGUGUUACACGACCAGCACUGUUCCUCAGCUGCUGGUUCAUCUCAGGGGACCAGACAAGUCUAUCUCCUUCAGUGGCUGUGUAGCUCAGCUGUUCGUCGCUCUAGGGUUGGGAUGCACAGAAUGCAUUCUGUUGGGGGUGAUGGCACUUGACUGCUAUGCAGCCGUCUGCAGGCCCCUGCACUACACAGUGAUCAUGCACCCCCGUCUCUGUGCCCUGAUGGCUUCUGCAUUGUGGUUCACUGGUUUUGCCAACUCCUCAUUGGAGACGGUGCUCAUUUUUCUUGUACCACUUUGUGGGAAGAAUAAAAUAGAGCACUUCUUUUGUGAGGUUCCCCCAUUGCUCAAGCUUGCCUGUGUUGACACCACUGUGUAUGAGUCUGAGAUCUUAUUUUUCAGUAUGAUCUUUCUUUUCAUACCUGUGGCAUUAAUCACAUUCUCCUAUGGUCGGAUAGUCAGGGCAGUGUUAAGAAUAAAGUCAGCCGCAGGACAGAGGAAAGCGUUUGGCACAUGUGGGUCUCACCUCACGGUGGUCUCCCUGUUCUAUGGCACGACCAUCUAUGCUUUCCUGCAGCCCAGCAACAACCACUCCCAGGAUCAGGGCAAGUUUGUUUCUCUCUUCUACACCAUCGUCACCCCCAUGGUCAACCCCUUCAUAUAUACCCUGCGGAACAAGGAUGUGAUGGGAGCAAUGAAGAAGGUUUUCUGUAGGGGCUCCAUAUGACUGGGGGGAAGAGCUUUCAUGGAAGACUUUGAAUGUCAGAGGCUUUAAGAUUUUGUGUCCUCCACAUUUCCUCCAACAUAUCCCCUGACGACUCUCAAGAGAAUUACCUUACCUCUUUGUUUUAAGCAACUGGGUGUUCAGACUCUGAAUUCAUGGAUUCAACAGUGCAAGAGAGUUCCCAUUUCUAUAUAUCCUUGACAACACCUGUUGUUCCUGUGUUGUUGAUUUUAGCCUUUCUGACAUGGAUGAAGUGAUAUAUCAUUGUGUUUUUGAUUUGUAUUUAACUGAUAAUCAGUGAUGUUGAGCAUCUUUUGAAGUGUUUUUUUGCCGUCUGGAUGUCUUUUUGGAGAGUAUCUAUUCAUGUAUUCUGUCCAUUUUUUAAUUAGAUUAUUUGUAUUUUGAAUGUAUAACACCUUUAUAAAUUUCUUUUUUUAAUUUUAUUUUUUAUUUUUUAAAAUUCACAUUGAAAUUAGUUAGCAUAUAGUGCAACAAUGAUUUUAGGAGUAGAUUUCUCACCAUUUAGCCCAUUCUCUCUCCCACACCCCCUCCAGUAACCCUCUGUUCUCCAUGUUUAUGAGUUUCUUAUAUGUCUCCCUCCCUGUUUUUAUAUUAUUUUUGUUUCCUUUCCCUUAUGUUCAUCUGUUUUGUCUCUUAAAGUCCUCAUAUGAGUGAAGUCAUAUAUUUGUCAUUCUCUGACUGACUGAUUUUGCUUAUCAUAAUACCCUCCAAUUACAUCCACGUAGUUGCAAAUGGCAAGAUUUCAUUCUUUUUGAU